AUGCCGCUCGAUUAUCAAUCAGAAGAUGCAACGACCUCAUCUCGGAACGGGAUUCCAAAUGGAGCAUUGACGGUGUUAAUAAUUGCCGCGAUUGCAAUUGUAUCAGUUGUUAUCACCCUGUUUUGUAUGUUGGUCAACAACCGACGGGCGGCACGUGUUAGGCAGCGAACACAGCAACAACGCCAAGCUCAAACCGUACUUCGUCUCUCGCCAACAUCGGCAUUAUCAUCUCCAACUGAUACAACAGCCCGUCCUUCAAGUUAUCCACCAAUGUACAUAGUAUCACCGUCUUAUGAUCCGAAAUUCGAUGCACCACCGUCCUAUGAAGAGGCCGUGAGGGUUAUGGUGGCUGGGAAUCAGCAACAGGCAGUUGGAGCUAACCAAACUGUCAUUACGGUGAGAUUUUUUGAAAAAUCCACAGCCGCCGCGCAAAUCGACGUGGAAAUGACGCAUCACCACGUUCCGACAUCGACAUCUGGAGUCACUGUUUAG